AGAUGAAUUUUCCUGGACGGACAGGAACAGGCUCCGUCGUCUUUUGCAGACCACCGCCUGCCGGGUCCUUGCCCUUCAACGCCUGCGCGAGUCCGGCUCACUGCUCGCCCCUGUGCGCGAGCGGACGCGCGAACGCCCCGGGGCCACGCCCACUCGUAGCACACCGCUCAGGCCCCGCCCACGGCUCGCAUACACCGCCGCUGGCCACGCCCAGCCUCCUGCCUCUCCCUUGUGCCAGGCCAGCUAUUUGUUUUCCCGCCAUUUCCAGCUCUUCGUGAGGAGAACUGAAUGAUUUCGGUAAGAGAUCGGAGGCCUUCUAGGAUCACAGCAGCCAAGCAGGUAAGGAAGGUACUUGUACUUCCUUACAACCAAUUGGAUUACCCACAAAGAUGUGCCCACAUCCCAAUAAGCUAUCAGAAGCUAAGCAAACAUUGUUACAUAGAUUUUGGAACAACUGUAAUUAUAUUAUGCCCCAGAAUGGAUUGGUUUCACUGCAACCAGUGUUUCCGAAAAGAUGGGGCCCAUUUCUUUGUCACCAACUGUGGGCAUAUUUUCUGUAAAAAGUGUGUGACUCUGGAAAAAUGUACUGUUUGUGGAACUGCCUGCAAGCAUCUGGCUCUUUCUGAUAAUCUAAAACCUCAGGAGAAGAUGUUCUUCAAAAGCCCUGUGGAGACAGCUUUGCAGUAUUUUAGUCAUAUCUCUCAGGUGUGGAGUUUUCAGAAGAAACAAACAAAUCUCCUCAUCGCCUUUUAUAAACAUAGAAUUACAAAGUUAGAAGCAGCCAUGCAGGAGGCACAGCAAACACUGGUCAGCCAGGACAAAGAGUUGUCAGUCUUAAGGAAAGAGAAUGGAGAACUGAAGAAAUUUCUUGCCAUCCUAAAGGAAUCUCCAAGUCGGUACCAAGGAAGCAGAUCGACCACACCUCGACCAGUGGGCAUUACUUCCCCAUCACAGUCAGUUACCCCACGACCCAGUUCCCAGCAUAGCAGCCAAGUGGUCAGUCGAUCCUCCUCAGUAGAGUCUAUGCCUUAUAGAAUGACUGGCUUUGGUAGCUUGGGACAAGGAGGCAGAGGCCUGCAGGGAAGGAACACUCCCAGAAACUCUUACACUGAAACCCCUUCACCAGCCUCAACUCACAGCCUGUCUUAUAGAUCUUCAUCUGCCUCCUCUGGACAGGGGAUUUUUUCUUUCAGACCAACCCUAAAUGGGGAUUUAGGCCACACAAGAGUCCUCACCCCCAACAAUUCUGGUCAGAGGGAGAACAGAACCACACCAGAGAGUCUUCCUGGUUUUCAGCUACCAGUCCUGCAGACUCUCUACCAACAACAGAGGCAGAUGGGCUUAGCCAGGGGGAGUGAAGCAUGGACUACUUCCAGAUAGACCAUCUUCAAGGUCUGAUCUAUACAUACUGGUGAAGGAUGAACUGUAGUAGCACCCAGUACUCAUUAGGGGUGAUGGCCUUGUAAAAUAUGCCCCUUUUUGUUUCCUGGUUUUACUCUGUACCUUAUUCUCUCUGGAUGUUUACCCUAUUUACACUGUAUUACCUACCAGGGAAGUAGUCAGGUCUUAUAUGAGGCUAGUGCUUCGGGAAGUUUAUGUCUUUCCCAAAAGACCUAUGUAGCUCCCCUCAUCUCCUACAAUUUGAAACAAAGAUUGUAAAAAUAAUUCUUGGUAUCAUGCUUAGGAGUGGGGGAGGUUGGGGAAAGUUGGGGGAAGAAUAAUAUACUCAUCAACUAUGUUUCAUUUCUGAAUUUCACUUUUUAGCUUUGAUAUAUUGUCCUAUUGCCAAUGUUAACAAGCAACAACUCUGUUCCUUGUUCUAAUUUAUUAUGCCUUUUCUAUUUGCCUAUAGUUUCUUCUAUGUCUAGCUACUAUUAAAUAUGUUGAUUUUCCUUUCUGUGAAAAUAACAGGUGGAGACACUGAUUUUCAGCUUACUAAAGUAUUCAGAUAAUAAAAUAAAGAAGAUGCCCUCUUAUUGUUACUGCAAUUCUAUUACCAUUAUAAACUCUAGAAUGGCAGAAUAGACAAAGAACACUACCACGGAGAUCAAACAUUUAUUUUACUUUGGAUACUAAAAGGCAGACAUGAUUAAUUAAAUAGGUGGGCCAUUCACAGGAAGGCCUUUAGCAAAAAUAUUAGAAAAACAUAAACAUAGUGGGCAUCUGCCAGAAAUAAAUUAGUUCUUGGGAAUGAUCUUAUAUCUGAAUUAGGAUCCUGCUGCCCUUAUUGGUAGUCUGAAUUUAUUUAUUUUGAGACAGAGUCUCAGUCUGUUGCCUGGGCUAGAGUGCCGUGGCAUCAGGCUAGCUCA